AUGUCCAAAUACGAACAAGCCCUAGAGCGCAUCGACCUUGCUCACAAAGAUGACCCCACCACCGUCACAGUCAACGACACUACCAUCCCCUACGAGCUACAUUACGCCCAACAAAUGACCAUGUACCUUGAGCGCUUAGAUCCUAAUGCCUCCGAGCUCCUCCGUCUCGCUAUUCGUGCCCAACAUCUCCGCCGGUGGGAAAGCCCGCGCAGCUCCUACCCCGCUACGAAAAUCGGAUACCACUCUUGGCGCUCAAAUUUGCAGCGGGAGCAAGCGAAGCUAGCAGAGAAGAUCUGUAUUGAGAGUGGAUAUGGAGAGGAAGAUGCUGCGCGCGUGGGAGCGAUGGUGCGUAAGGCAGAUUUAAAGAAGGGAGACGCGGAUACACAGACGCUGGAGGAUGUUGCUUGUCUUGUGUUCUUGGAUGAUCAAUUUGACAAGUUUGAAAGUACGCUUGGGGAUGCAGAGAAGAUGAUUGAUAUUUUGAGGAAGACUUGGGGGAAGAUGUCUGAGGCUGGGAGGGACGAAGCCAUGAAGAUUAAGUUGUCGGAGCGAGGGGCAGCGUUGGUUCAGGUGGCUUUGGCGGGCUGA